AUGUUUCCUGAAUCCUCCUCUGUGGACCUCGAGCUCCUCUGUGCCUCAUCAGAGCUGCCUCCACACCUUCCUACCACUUCCCCAACGCCUGCCAUCGUCCAGAUAGAGACGUGGGAGGAAUGUGCUCGCCGGGAGGUUCUGGAAGAAGCCGGGGUACAUCUGGUGAACGUCCACUUUGCCUCGGUGGUGAACUCCAUCAGGCUGGAGGAGCAGUACCACUACGUAACCAUAAUCAUGCAGGGAGAACUGGACCGGAGGCGUCCGGGGGAGCCGGAAAACCUGGAGCCAGAGAAGAACGAAGGCUGGACUUGGACACGCUGGGAUGAGUUUCCUCCAGAGCAGCAGCUCUUCCUGCCGCUGGCCGGUCUGAGGCAGCAGGGCUUCCAACCGUUCAGGAACACAGAGACAUGAAUCUGCCUUUUCCUUUUAA